GCGUUCAGUCGAGUAAAAAGCACUUCGGUGGUCAAGAUGGCGAAGAUAGCUUGAACUUUACGAAUGGUUUCUAAUGAUGGAGAGUGAGGUGAGUCUGGUAGCAGGCCGCAGCCAGAGAGAAAAGAGGAGAUCUUACAAAGAUCUCCUGCGAGAAGAGGAGAUCAUUGAUGCGGAGGUUCGCAAGUCCUCAAAGAAACGUCCAAAGGACCCUGAGGGGCUUCCUGCAAGCAGUGAGAUUCCCAAGAAGAAAAAGAAGAAGCAUGACGAUGAUUAUCAACACAAAGAUCAUGGCUCUGGGUCGCACCACAAAAAGAAGAAAAGGCUGUCAGAGAUCCAUGGCUCUUCCCUGCCCUCACCUGCCCCCUCCAGCUCCCCCCAGACUGCCGUGACUGCCAUGGGUCUCCUCCAGGCCAUCACCUCCCCUACGGCUGUGGGCUCAGAACCAAGCCCCACGCUCCCCAAGAAGCCUUCGUACCCUUCUCUCCCCUCAGGGAAGGAGCGCCGGAGAGAGGGCGUGGUGGCACCCAAGUCUGCCAAAAAGAAGCAGCACAUAGUACGAGAGGCACUGCCUGUGGUCGGAGAGGAGGUGGAGCUCGAAGGGCAUUAUGGGGGAUCGUACGAUCCGUUGGACGAUGACAGCUCUUCCUCGGCAGAGGGCACGGAAAGUGGACAGCUGGUCAUUGAUGACUCCUUCACGCCAUAUAGCAAGAAGAGCAAAAAGAGCAAGAAAAGCAAGAAGAAGAAAGAUAAGGAGAGGGAGCAGAGACGCAGCAGCAAAAGCACGAAGAAAACAGGAGCAGACAACGGCAGCUCACAGGAUGGUUUAUAUGGAAUGGGACGAUCAGGAUUUCACAGUGAGAAGAAGAGAAAGAAAGAAGAGAAGGCCAGGUUAAAGGCUGAGAAGGUGAAGCAGAAGGUGCUUACAGCAUAUCAGAUAUUCUGUAAGGAGUACAGGAUAAGCAUCCUGGAAGAGCAGCCGGGUCUGGACUUUGGGGAUCUGAGUAAGAAACUGGCAGAUGCUUGGAAGCAGCUCCCCGAGGGAGACAAACAGGUGUGGCGGGAGAGGGUGGAGUAUCUACAGCACAAACAAAUGAAGUCCGGAGCAGCCGCAGGAAAACACAGCAAACACAGCCAACCCAGACCUGCCAAAGACACCAACAAAACUAAAGGUGUUGCAACGUUCCCGGGUGUCGUUACCUCAGCAACAGGAACGCCCACAACAGCAGGUGUCCCCAAGAGGGCGGAGCCAGUGGUUUCCCUGGCGCAGAAUGGGGCGGUUCCGGUUCCUGCAACUGAGGCCUUGUCCUCCCCGCUCAGAGACCCGGAUGUGGACCCUAUCGAUGCCGCAGCCCACCUGCAGCUGCUGGGGGAGUCACUCUCCCUCAUUGGUCGCAGGCUGCAGGAGACUGAGGGUAUGGUGACUGUCUCGGGCUCCCUCUCUGUGCUAUUGGACUCUAUGCUGUGUGCUUUGGGUCCUCUGGCGUGUCUCACUGCUCAGGUGCCAGAACUCAACGGCUGUCCUGCUCACAUACUGUCAAACACUCUGGACAAUAUAGCCUAUGUCAUGCCUGGACUCUAAACACUACCAGGAUCGUCUCUCACCCAUACAAAUACACUCUGUGUCCCUCUCUGGAUAAAGGACCUUAGCUGAUAGCUCCUCACGUUCAGGCUUUUGGUGGCCUAAACAACUGGUUUUCGAGGAAAGGACUUGAAUUGCACAUUUUUGCACUGGACAGACCACAGGAACAUGUCUACUUUUAACAUGCUUCUUAAUCCAUUGUUCCAUUUUUAUCCUGUUUUUGUUUUUUUUGUAUUUCUGUUGGUGUGUGUUUGGUUGUUCUUUCAAUUAAAAGUAUUUUAGCGAUCUCUUUUAAAUGAUGUGCAGCU